UCACUAACACCGAUUGACGGUGAUUGGCCUGAGAAAGUGAAGUUACGCACAUACAUAUCUACAUACAGACAUACAUACAAAUAUACAGUUAUUUGAUAAGUAGGGUUUAAAAUAUGCAACUGUACGUGCAUUUACAAAGAUCGUAGUCAGAUCUAAAAAUGAAAUCGCAAGAAAAAUCAAAUGGCACUAGACUGUUUCGACUGUUGUUUGAUGAUGGUACGGAAGUUUUGAGAGAGUAUUUGCUCCAGAGUAUUCGACGACGCAAUCGUCCGCCAUUUAAUUCUUUACAAGGAGUGCUAAACAACAACAGAAGUAUGCUUGAAAACUUGAGAUCGGAAAGAAAGAUAACCUACCCUCAGUGGAAUCUUUUAUUUCCUCGUUCAGGUGACCCACCAGACCCUGCAUCAUUCGACAUAACGCUUUUAGUGCUGUUACUUCGACUUCGCCCAAUUAGCGGCUUGACUGACGCGGAUAACAGCGAUAAAGCCAACAUCGACAAGAUCAGAGAUCUUCGAAAUGAAUUGUGUCAUGCACAAUCCACCAGCUUUUCUGACACAGAAUUCCAAAACAAAUGGGAGACGAUUUCUCGGUGUUUGGUGGCGUUGGGACUCGACCACGACAAAGUAGAUCGUCGUAAAACUGAGCCUAUCGAUCAUGACACUGAACGUCGAAUAAACGAGGAAGUGGAGAAGUGUAAAAUGGACUUCGAACCGCGGUUAGAAAAGCUGGAGGAUGACAAUCAGAGAAUAAGAGGGGAAAUUUCUGCUAUUCAAGCGUCUAUUUCAGAGCAACCCACUAGUGAACUUACAAACCGUCUUCCAGAUAGAAUUGAAGUCGUUGGACGAUCCAAAGAGGUGGAACAAAUCCUAAGUACCGUUCGAACUGAAAAGGUAGCUGCAGUUCUUGUAACAGGUGGACCUGGAUUUGGUAAAACAGCCGUGGCGAUAGAAGUGGGCCAUGAAUUGGCAUCCAACUUGAACGAAGAGCGGAUAGUUUUGUUUUGUCCCCUCAGAUCUAAAGCAGCCAUUGGUGAAGUAGCUACUUCGAUGAUCCUUACUAGCAGUGCAAACCACUCUCAACGACCAGAAGAUCCCCAACAUUGGCUUCGAAAUUGGAGCAAACAACAACAGAAGAAAGUUUCUUUCAUUCUGGACAACGCAGAUGAUGUUCUCGAAUCAGUUGAUCGAAGUGCAUUUGUAUCCAUUCUAAGAGACAUGAGAACUUUAUCGAACUGUAACGUCACAUUUGUUAUCACUACGCGAAAAGUAUUUAAAGACCGCAAUUUGCCCAUGGACUUCGUGAGAUUGUGCCCAUUAUCCACUGAGCAUGCAAAAAAACUUCUCUUGUCCAAAGUCCUUGAUCCAGUUGCAAAACAGCGGCUCUCCAAGACAGAUAAAUUGGUUCAACUUUGUGGCUGUGUGCCUUUGGCGUUAUGCAUUGUUGGUUCAUUGCUUUCAGACUGUCCGCUUACCGCAGAUCAGCUCAUUAAACGCCUUGAGGAAAUGCCAUUGGAUGUUCUUAAAGAGGAUGAAAGUGAUAUUAAUUCUGUUGAAAAAGCAAUUGAUACUUCUUUCAACUACUUGAGUGAAAAUGAACAAAAGGCUCUGGUACUUCUGUCAGUUUUUCCUGGCUCAUUCAGGAUGGAGGCUGCCCAAGCUGUUAUUCAAGCAGAAGGUUGUCAAGGUGACCCUGUCUUCAUUCUCCGUUCCUUGAAAAACCGGUCACUCAUUGAGAUGCCAGCCCCUGACAGAUAUCAAAUUCAUCGGUUUAUUCAAACAUUUGCAACGAAGGUUGAUCAAGCCAAGCAUUCUCCAGUCUUGCAACAGCAAGGGGAAAAAUCCGCCUGCAUCCACUUUAUCUCCCACUUAGUGGACAUUGCCAAUUUGUACUGGAGCAAGGACAAGUGCCAAGAGGCUAUUGACUCUUUUAACAUGGACAGGCACAACUUUGAGUACUUCUUUCAGUUCUUUAUCGAAGGACUUAAAAAAAAAGAUCCUCAACUAAAGACAACCAUGGAAAAUGUAGUGAAGGAGAUUUCCCAGACAUGCACAUUUUUAGAAAUGUCUAUUCUACCAGGUGAUUAUUUGAGGCACCUCACAGAGCUUUAUCAGCUUUUGAAGUCUUACCAACAACCCAUCACUAAAAGAGUGGAACUUCUCUGCCUCCUUGGGCAUGAAAAUAGAAAAAUCGGUAAUCAAAAUGAAUACAAGAAGCUGACAGAAGAAGCCGCAGCCCUUCACUCAAAACACUCUGAAGAAUUUGACAAGGAGAAGGCCUCUGAGGCUUUUUUUUGCAAUUUUUAUGCACGGUUUCUUUCUCGAAUGAAUAUGUUUUCUGAAGCCGAGAAACAAUUCAAUAAGAGUUUGAAGGUAUGUGAACAACAUGAACUAAAGUCUUCAAUACAGAAAGGCAUAAGUUUGCUUUAUGCUGGACGAAGUUACAACCAUCAAGAUAAACGUGACCAGGCAGUGAAAAAGUUCAGUGAAUCAUUGCAGUUUUUUAGGGAAAUUCUUGGCAAUCAUGUUUUGACCGCACUGCUUCUGAAGGAAAUUGCAGAUUUUUACCUCUUCCAUGGUAAGAAGAGUCUAGGAUCAGUGGAUGACAAACAAAGAUCAAUUGAACUGUAUGAAGAAGCUUUGGAAAUGAUGAAAGGCGUUGGUAUAAAAGACCAGAAAGAAUGCAUUUUGCCACUCACCAACAUAGGACUGUGUUAUCAAAUGCAAGGCAAUAUGGAAAAGGCAAAAGAAAAGUUUCAAGCAUCUUUCAAAAUCGCAGAACAAGAACUAGCAAAGAAUCAUAAGAGGAAGAUCUAUGUGAUGACUCAAAUGGCCUUCUGGUUUAAAGAAAAUGGAAACGCAGAGGAAGCAAACAUGUGGAAACUAAAGGCAUUGAAAAUAAGUGACACCCUUGAACUGCCAGACCACCAACCACCAAACAAAUUUAUGCUACACAAAAUUUGAGAUUGCAAGAGGUCACAGGCUAGCCAAUUCAUUUAUUGGGGGAUGGUACAGUGGUGAGGACUCACCACUGUGGCCCUGGUUCAAUUUAAGGACCAAGCAUCACAUAUGGGUUGAGUUUGUUGAUGCUUCUCAUUGUUUCUCAAGAGUUUUUUAUUUGGGUCCUCUGGCUUUCCUUGCUCCACAAAAACCAACCUUCCAAAUUCUAAUUCUACCUGGAAACAGUGGAGAAGAAGAGCCACCUCGUGGAAUGUCUGCUAAAUUUCCAUGUAUCAAUUCAUUUUAAUGAAAUAGUCAUUUUUUAAAUUGUAUCUUAUCAUGGUGGUAGCUUAAGUAUUAGAAUACUACAAAUAGGAGUUGAAGUGAAACAAUUAGGUUUGAGUUAAUAUUGGUUAGUUCAAUGUGAUUUAUAAACUACCACUGACAGUAACCCUGUAUGCUCGAACAUCAAUCAACAUAUUUUCAAUACUGACUGCCCUAUGCAUUUAUUUUGAUAUUGAUUUUGGAGAAUUUGUUUAUUGAUAACAAAUGUUCUUUGUUGAUAUUGAUGCUGAUUUUGAAAUUAUUUUCAAUACUCUUUGCUACAUACAAUUUGUUUGACAAACAAGAACUUCUUUAGUUUUUUUGGUUGCCAAUUAUUUCCUUUAUUCUUGUAACCAUGAUGUUCAAUUCACCAGUGAUUAAUUAACUCUGACGAGAAAUCAACUACUCUAAAUCACCCUAAAGAGUAAACAAGUUAAAAUUGUUUAUUUGGCUGACUCAAUUAGUAGAUCCACAACCAAAUUCUCCAAAGCAAAAUCAAAAGAAUUUUAUGACAUACAGUUAGUAGAAUUUGUAAAGAGAUCUUGGGAGUGAAUGGUUAAGCUUUUUAAUUUGAUUUGAGAGGUUGCUAAACAUAUCCACAUCUUUGGAAUGAAGUAAGUCUGUGGAAAUUCUAGCUGGAUUUGAAUAGAGAUGAGUUUUUAAGACCUUAAUGGGAGCAGGAAAUUGGCAUAGUGGUGAGAGCUUUUUGCCCCCCACCACUAUGGCCAGCAUUUGAUUCCCAAACCUGGCAUCGCAUAUGCAUUGAGUUUGCUUCUGGUUCUUAUCCAUGCUGGGAAGGUUUUUCUCUAGGUCCCUAAGUUUUCCUCCAUCCACAAAAACCAACCUUCCUAAGUCAAAUUUGACCCAAAAACAGUGGACGAGAAGAGCCACCCAUCGAAAUGUUCAUUGCAAAAUUCCCAUUUAUUUAUAUUCCCAUUUAUUUAUUUAUUUACAGUGGGUAAAAAGAAAGCCUUGAAUUUGUGAUAGGCAAAGGUUCUCAAAGGAAUUAAACUUCUAUGGAAAGGGUAUAAAUAUUUAAAAAGAUGUAACAUCUUCCACUGUCCCAAACCUUCUUUAUAUGCUCCCUUAGACUCAUAUUCCAAUAGAAGAAAAAAGGAGUGUAUCAUUCCUGCCUUGAUUCAUUUCUCAAUGUGCAUGUGUAGUUUAGAAAAUGCAAUAAAUUCUUUGAGCUUUUUGUGAUGGAUUGUCUAUUAUAAUAUCUAAUUAAUAUAUUAAUUAAUAUAUUAAUUAAAAUAAUAUUUGUUAUAAUAUCUAAUUAAUAUAUUCCAUGAAAUUUUUAUAAUAGUUUUUUCUAGUUUAAAACAUAUCUAAUAUAUUUUUAGCCUAUUUAAAUUUGGUGAUCUGUUUUCAUAUGGGGUCCUGGACUCCUUUACGGAUUAUCCAUAGGGCGUUUCUUCUCUUUUCGCUUGUACUUUAUAACUUUAUUUGUUUUAACUGAGCCUUUAAAUUGUAAUAAA